CGUCCUGUGUACAGAAGCCAUUACGGCUAUCAUAAACCAGUCUUUACAGUGAAAAAUAUAUAAGUUAGAAUGUGAAAAAAUAUAAAAUAUAUUUGUCUCCUUCUAACUUAUUGUAUUAGUUCAGCAGUGCAGCUAAAAAGAACAGACCAAUAGGAGAAUUUUGCCCAUCUCAAUUCUCAAUUUGUAAUAAUCUGUGACUUUCAUCUACUCGAUUUUAGUGUUAUAAAACCGAGCGAUUUUUAUAUAUUAAUAAAUAAAUUUAUUCAAAAAAUUGAAAAAUAAAUUUUUUAAAUGGCUUACCUGUCACAAUUGGCUUCCUGUGCAUUACAGAAUAUUCGGCAAACUCUAACGUCAUGCGAUAUUAGUGGUUUAGCAAAAGUAUGUGUCAGAUACGCUUCAAAGAAGGCAAGUUCCAGCACCAGGAUUAAACCUGGACAUCCUAGACCAAAACAUAGAGGUUGGAAAGUACAAGAUGGACAUAACGUACAUGCAGGCCAUAUAUUAGCUACACAAUUAAAAGCCAGGUUUCAUCCAGGUCUUAAUGUUGGCUUUGGACGAAAUGGGACUUUAUUUGCUAUGGAAGCUGGAAAAGUAAUGAUAACUUGUGAAAAAAUCAAUCCUGAUUUCAGACAUUUCUGGGUUAGAAAAGCUUAUUCUGGUCGUGAAAAUCAAGUUAUAUAUAAGAAGUACUUUAAUGUUAUUCCUGAACCACAACAUAAUCGAUUUAAGUUAAUGAGUACACUAUAAUAUAAAAAUGUAUAUAUAAAAAAAAUAUCUUAAAAUUAUGAUGGUAGAAUAAUAAAAUAUACUGUUAACCAUA